AGAACCAAUUCUUCCUCAUCCGCGAAGACUCUGAAGACCAAACCCCAGACCAAGCGACAGAGAGCAGCCAGCCGCCUCCGCCGCCGCAGCCCAUGUCAGGAGGUGGGAUCGCCCGCGGCCGCCUUGCAGAGGAGCGCAAGGCCUGGCGCAAGAACCAUCCCCACGGGUUCGUUGCGAAGCCGGAGACGGUGGCCGACGGGUCUGUGAACCUGAUGGUCUGGCACUGCACCAUCCCCGGAAAGCAGGGGACUGAUUGGGAAGGUGGAUACUUCCCUCUUACCCUUCAGUUCAGUGAGGACUACCCUAGCAAACCUCCCAAAUGCAAGUUCCCACAAAACUUUUUCCACCCAAAUGUCUAUCCUUCAGGGACAGUCUGUCUCUCCAUUCUUAACGAGGAUAGCGGUUGGAGACCUGCUAUUACUGUUAAGCAGAUUCUAGUAGGAAUACAGGACUUGCUUGACCAGCCUAAUCCAGCUGACCCUGCUCAGACUGAUGGUUAUCAUCUGUUUAUCCAGGAUCCAGCAGAAUACAAGAAACGUGUUCGUCUGCAGGCCAAGCAGUACCCUGCUCUCAUUUGAGGGGGCUGCUUGCUAGAUAUUCAUCAUGAACAUCCGCAUAGUUGUUGCAAAAUCCUAAAACUACCACCCCCUUGGAAAUAUGAAGUUUGACCAGAUAUUAUAACCAAAAGCGGGAUCUUUGGACAACUUUCCAUUGUCACCGUGGAUCUUUUGUGAUGUGUGUGAUCACUGAAUCAGGCAUGGCCUGAAAAAACCUGUUUGCUAAAUAUUGAACCGUGCUUAGUGAUGGAUCUGUCUAUAACAUUGAACUUGACCCUUGAUUGUGUGGCAUAUUUCUUCUCGGGCUC